AUGCACAGAGACCAUCCGCAAGAACCUGUAAACUUCAGGGCUAUAUUCGCGCAUGAGCUUUUUGGAGUAGCCUUGAAGCAAGCAUUUGGGAAAGAUGUAGAACCCAUUUAUGUGAAGGAACUCGGUGUGACUAUGUCAAAAGACGAGAUCUUCAAGAAACAGGAUGAUGAUUGCUAUCUCAACUUCUUGAUGACGGAAGCGAAAACACUAACCAUGGAGCAAAUUGCAAUCUUGGUUUGGGAGACGAUCAUCGAGACAGCUGACACUGCUCUGGUCACAACUGAAUGGGCCAUUUAUGAGCUAGCAAAGCAUCAACAUGUCCAAGAUUGUCUGUGUAAAGAAAUCAAAAGUUUACGCGGAGGAGAAAAUAUCAAAGAAGAGCAUUUGCCUCGCUUCCUUAUGUCAAUGGAGUCUUCCAUGAAACCCUUAGGAAAUACAGUCCGGUUCCUCUUGUUCCCAUUCGCUAUACUCACGAAGAUACUCAAAUUGGAGGCUAUCAUGUCCCUGCAGGAAGUAGCAAUAAACAUCUAUGCAUGCAACAUGGAUAAGAACCGUUGGGAGAGGCCAGAGGAGUGGUGGCCGGAGAGGUUCUUGGAUGACAGAUACGAAUCGUCGGAUCUGCACAAGACAAUGGCGUUUGGAGCGGGGAAGAGGGUUUGUGCUGGUGCACUUCAAGUAUCUCUCAUGGCAGGCAUUGCUAUUGCGAGAUUGGUUCAAGAAUUUGAAUGGAACUUAGAGAUGGGGAAGAAGAGAAUGUGGAUACAUAUGGCUUGA